AUGAUUGGUAAGCAGAAUACGGUGAUUACCAUCGCCAGAGACCAUAAGGAGUCUCGAGACUGCUAUUUCAAAUCGGUUAGAGCGGUAGAAAGCGAUCCCGAACCUUCAGCCGAGGUUAAAAAUAGUAGCAAACAAGACGGCUCGAGCCAGGAGAAGAAGACUUCGGUCAACAUGGUGGAAUUGGAUAUGAGGGAUGAUACUCAGAUGCCGAGACCUGAACCCGAUGGAGAAUUAGAAGAAGUGAUCAUUGGGGAGCAGGGACAAACUGCAAAGAUCGGUAAGGUCGUUAAGGGGUUGACGGACAAAGUAAAAGUCCAACUUAUCGCAUGUUUAAGGAACAUCAAGGAUGUCUUCGCUUGGAAGUCCUCAGAAAUUCCUGGGUUUAACCCUGCUUUCUGUUGUCACAAGCUAGCAGUGUACCCAGGAUCUAGGCCAGUAGCUCAGAAGAAGAGGAAGCUCAGCCCAGAAUGUUGGCAGGUGUUAGAAGAUCACGUGAAGGAAUUGUUGGAAGCAGGUUUCAUCAGGGAAAUACAGUACACAACUUGGCUUUCCAAUGUGGUAAUGGUUAAGAAGCUAAAUGGAAAAUAUAGGGUAUGCACAGAUUACAUUGAUUUAAAUAAAGUGUGCCCUAAGGAUGCAUACCCUAUGCCUAACGUAGACCAACUGGUUGAUAGUUCAUCCAAGUUCCAGAUGUUGUCAUUCAUGGAUGCUUAUUCGGGGUAUAAUCAAAUUCCACUACAUCCGGAAGACCAAGAAAAGACAGCCUUCAUUGCAGAGAAGGCGAAUUAUUGCUACAAUGUAAUGCCUUUUGGGUUGAAAAACUCAGGGGCCAUUUACCAGAGAAUGAUGAAUCAAGUAUUUGCAGGCCAACUUGGCAAAAGUGUGGAAGUAUAUAUAGAUGACAUGAUAGUUAAGUCCUUGGACUCAAAGGUGCAUAUUGAAGAUUUAGAGGCAACCUUUGAGAAACUAAGACAACGCAACAUUCGGUUAAAUCCGGCCAAAUGUGCUUUUGGAGUACCUGCGGUGAAAUUUCUUGGAUUUAUGUUGACUCACAGGGGCAUUGAAGCCAACCCAGACAAAUGUAGAGCCGUUCUAGAGAUGAAAUCCCCCACAAACAAGAAAGAGAUACAACAAUUGAUGGGAAGGUUAGGCUCCCUCACUGGGUUUUUACCACGAUCUGCAGAAACAACAUUACCUUUCUUUAAGUUGCUUCGAAAGGAGGUGCAGUAUGGAUGGACUUUGGAAUGUGAAGCCGCAUUCCAAGAGAUUAAGAGGCAGCUGGCUUCACCGCCAGUAUUAACCAGACCAAGAGAAGGGGAGGCAUUAAUAAUAUACCUUUAUGUGGGAGAUGUUGCUGUCAAUUCUGUCAUAGUACAAGAAAAUGAGGAAGGGAAGCAGCCGAUUUACUUUGUGAGCUGGCUCCUACAGGGAGCAGAGCUCAGAUACGAGAAGCUAGAGAAGGUGGCUUUCGCCUUGUUAACCUCGACUAGACGGCUCAGAGCAUAUUUUCAAGCACACCAAAUUAUAGUCAGAUCGGACUUGCCAAUUCGACAGGUCCUUCACAAGCCCGAUUUGGCAGGAAGAAUGAUGGCAUGGGCUGUGGAACUGUCAGAAUUCGACAUAGUUUUCAAAAGUCGUAAAGCAAUCAAAUCCCAAACAUUGGUGGAUUUUAUUAGGGAGCUCACUUCAAUCCAAAGAGAGAGUUCCCACAGCUCGGAUACUUGGAAAGUAUAUGUAGACGGAUCCUCUAACUCCAAAGGUAGCGGAGCCGGGGUUAUCAUAGAGAACCCAGAAGGUGUAGCAAUUGAAUACUCCUUGCAAAUGAAUUUUGAAACAUCAAACAACCAGGCGGAGUACGAGGCCUUCAUAGUCGGCCUCCAUCAGGCUAAGGAACUCGGAGCACGAAAGCUGCAGGUUUACCGUGAUUCCCAGUUUGUCACCUCCCAAAUCGAAGGAAGUUAUCAAGCUAGGGGACCAUUGUUGACAAAAUAUCUGGACUCUGCGAGACAGCUAAUAGUGGAGUUUGAAAAGGUGGAGGUCAGUCAUAUUCCAAGGAAUGAAAAUAGCAGGGCUGAUAUAUUAUCCAAACUAGCAAGCACCAAAGGAUGGGAAAACCAUAGGACGGUGGUUGAACAGAGUAUCCCAGAACCCACAUGUAUCAUGCAAAUAUCAGAGGUAGAUGAUUGGCGCUGCAUUAUCGUCAAUUAUCUAGAAAAUAGGACGUUGCCCGCCGGAAAGGAGGAAGCUAGAAAGUUAGUUAAAGAUGGAGCAUCAUAUACCAUGGUGGAAGGACAACUUUACAAAAAAGGUAUCUAUUCACCCUUGCUGAAGUGCUUAAGCUUGGAUAGAGCAAGACACUUCCUAUCUAAAAUCCAUGAGGGAAUUAAUGGCCAGCAUAUUGGAGGUAAGGCCUUAGCUCGAAAGCAGUUAGAGCCGGGAGUUGUUGCAAACCUUUAUAUCCGGUAUCGCUUUGCGUCAGUAGAGCAUCCUCAAAUUAACGGACAAGCAGAAGCAGCCAAUCAAGUCAUCAUAGAAGGAUUGAGGAAGAGAAUAGAGCAAUCUGUUAAAGGAAAGUGGGUAGAAGAGCUAUGUUAUGUACUCUGGGGGUAUAGAACCACAGUGCAGACGUCUACUGGGGAAAGCCCAUUCAAAUUAACCUAUGGAUGUGAGGCCAUGAUUCCGGUGGAGUUGGGAGAGCCGUCAUGGAGAAUAGUCCAAGCCCUGUCGCAGACGGAAGAAGAAAGUAGUAAGAAAGUAGCAGUGGAACUGGAUUUGAUAGAUGAAGCUCGGGUUAUGGCUCAUUGCAAAAAUUUUGUGGCAAAGCAGCUUGUUGCUAACUGGUUCAAUAAGAAGGUAAAGCCCAGAUCGUUCACGGUAGGAGAUUUGGUUCUUCGAAGAGCAGACGUUGGCGGACGAAACACGACUGAAGGAAAGCUGGCUCCAAAAUGGGAAGGGCCAUUCAGAAUUAAAGAAAGACUGUCAAAAGGAGCUUAUGUGUUGGAGACUCCAAAAGGAAAAAGUAUUAUAAGGACAUGGAAUGCAGACAAGGUGAAGAAAUACUUUAGUUGA